AUUUGAUUCCCUUUUAGUUAAAUGUGCCUUUCUGCCUGUGUUUCAGUAAGUCUUAGUUUAAUAUAAUACUAAUGUGUUGGCUGUAAUUGUCUAUCAAGGAAAACACCACAACUCAGGAGGAACAGAUUGCCUCCAGGCUGGAAGCUCGACUCCAGAGAGAGAUCAUGAUUCUACAACAUAAUACAGAGGAGCUUCCUGCUGACAACUCUGAGCAGAACGUCAAGAACGCUAACAUUGAGCUGAACAAUCCUGCCAAGCAUUUCUGCAGAGGCCUGACUGAAGACUGGACAGCAGACAGUGUUGUGGUGGCUGCCCUCGGUCGUCCCUUAGAUCUUGGGAUGUUGUAUGACUCCCGCAGUGACUCAUUUUGUUCAGAUGUCAGUCUUUGGGAUAACAGUACAAUAGCUUCCAUGCGUCAGUCUCUACCUCGGCCUCUAACAGAGGUGAAGUGUAUUGAAGGAGACUCCUUACAGGACAGAUUCAGGGCUCUGGAUGUGACCACUCCUCUCAGAGCCAGUGUCCUGUCUGGACUGGUGGAGGUUGGUGGUGCUGCUGGAUACCUGAACCAUCCUGUUCAGUCCACACUGCAGGACCGGGUCACUCUACAGUACAGAACCACUACCAGACUGGACAUGCUCAGUCACAACGUGCUUCAGGAGGAGACAGACAGUACACAACGAAAGGCAACUCAUGUGGUCAUGGCUGUUCUCUAUGGAGCUCAAGCGUUCUUCAUAUUUGACAGCAAACACAUCAGCGGACAACACAGUGGUGCAGGAGAGGCAGAUAUGCACAGUGUUGUGAAGAGGAUGAUUCCCACCUUCACUGCAGAUCAGAUCUUUUCCAGCUUGAGUGACAAUGAAAAACCAAACAGUUUGUUGUAUCAGUGUACUCUCUACAGUGAUGUAGACCAUAUCAAUGGCUCCAUGACGUGUGACAGAGCUUUGCAAGUCUAUGAAACUCUCCCGAAGCACCUUGGACAGCAAGGAGAGAAAGCACUGCCUCUGUACGCAUGGCUCUAUCCUCUGAAGAAUCUGGACAAUUCAGUUGAAAUCACGCUCCGAUAUUUCACAAAGACAGAGGGUGUGCUGGACCAUCUGAGGCAGGUCACCAUGAGAUGCCAGGAGAUGACAGACGUCACCAAUGGUUGUGUGAUGAAAUGGUUUCCUGAUCUGAAGUAUAAACUGUCUAGAUUAUCAGAGCUUCUGCAGAAGUACCAGUCUGAGUUUAAGAGAGAGCUGGCCAUGGCAGUAAAGGCCAUGAGAGAGAGUGAAGGGGUUGAUGAAAACAGACUGACAGACAUUCUCCAGAACCAUGACCAGUCUCCAUUCUGUCUUCAGUCUAUACAGCUGUGGCUAAACAACAAGGCAGCAGAGGUGAAGGCUCUGAAUGUCUGUAAAACAAGAAACAUCCCCAUAAUGAAAUCCCAGGAAGAGCUGGGCGGUGUCCUCAGAUCCUCAAAGGACAGGCUGCUGUGUUUCACUCUGACCUCCCUGGAGGAUGAAGAUCCAUUCCUCUCUACUUUGAAGCAUUACAUACACUCUGUCCAAGAGAACACCAUGAACCAAUAUGAUCUCACUGGACAGCAGGAGACACAGCAACCAUUCAAACCUCCAGAUUUAACUCAGAAAAUACAGUCUGCCCUUCGCUUGUUCAUCAAAUCCUAUGAAGACAGCAGAGAUGGAGAGAACAUCAAGUUCAUAGCAGCAGUUAUACCAGAUAUCAGUGUUCCUGGAUCCUCCAUUCGUCUGUAUCAACAAGGCAGUCUCAUCACCACCAACUUCCAGCUGGGAUUCAAACCUGAUCCAGUCCAGGUAGCAGAGACAAAACAGAGCUGUGUCCUCCUGAAGUUUCCACAGUCAACCAUCAGAAGACCUGAGAGGUACAGAGUAGAGUACAGAGUCAUGACUACUGGUGUUAGCAAGGUUAGCAAACGGCCAUGGAAUGUAGUAGACACCCUGGCUCCUGCAGGAACCUGUCUGGUGCCACGUUUGAAACCGUUCGCACUGUACCAGAUCAGGUACUCUGUUAUAGAACACUCUGGUAUGAGUGACUUCAGCAAGGUCAUCGAGGUCAAGACCCUGAGAUCCCCACCUGUACAGCUGUUUGUGAAUCGUCUAGACAAGGAAACCGUCAAAGUGACUUGGCUCCAGCCUGAGUGUGAUGAUGGUGCCUCUGUACUCCACUACAAAGUAGACUAUAAAGAGGCAGGACUGGAGGGCUGGUCUACCAUGGUAACAGAGGGACCUGAAUGUCAAUGCAUCAUAACUCUGAACCUCAGUACCUGCUACAGAGUCAGAGUGUCAGCUGUCUAUGGAGAAGGAGACACCAGUGAACCCAACAGAGAGACAGAUGUCCCAGUCUAUGUCUGGUCCAUAGACCUCUCAGAGAGAAAGGCCUCCCUCCUCCUAGAAGUGCUGAAACUCCAACCAGAGAAGAAACCAGUGGAGCUGAAAGGCUGGUCAGAUGAAGAGAGUGAAGUGAGGAGUUUCCUUCAGUGUCUGCCCUACAUCUCACAGCUGAGGUUCUAUCCAGAUUGGUAUGAUCUCUCAAAGCAGAUCAAGUUCCUGGUGGAUCUCCUGUCUCAAGCAGCAGAGUGGGAGGAGCAGACAGGAGAGAAGACACUGAAGCUGGUAUCAUCAGUGUGUACUUACAGCACCUUUCCUUAUCCCUAUGGAUACAUUUCUAAACAGAGUGAUUUCCUGCUGGAUCUGUACUCACAUGUGAAGGACUAUGAGACUCCAACAGGCAGGAGUGUCCUUCCAGCAUUACAGCCAGUUUACCAGUCAGCUCCUGCAGUCUGGUACAUAGACCUCUCAGAGAGAAAGGCCUCCCUCCUCCUAGAAGUGCUGAAACUCCAACCAGAGAAGAAACCAGUAGAGCUGAUGGGCUGGUCAGAUGAAGAGAGUGAAGUGAGGAGUUUCCUUCAGUGUCUGUCCUACAUCUCACAGCUGAGGUUCUGUCCACGGAGGUCUGAUCCCUCAAAGCUGAUCAAGUUCCUGGUGGAUCUCCUGUCUCAAGCAGCAGAGUGGGAGGAGCAGACAGGAGAGAAGACACUGAAGCUGGUAUCAUCAGUGUGGACUUACAGCACCUUUCCUUUUCUCAAUGGAGACAAUUCUGAACAGAGUGAUUUCCUGCUGGAUCUGUACUCACAUGUGAAGGACUAUGAGACUCAAAAAGGCAGGAGUUUCCUUCCAGCAUUACAGCCAGUUUACCAGUCAGCUCCUGCAGUCUGGUCCAUAGACCUCUCAGAGAGAAAGGCCUCCCUCCUCCUAGAAGUGCUGAAACUCCAACCAGAGAAGAAACCAGUGGAGCUGAAAGGCUGGUCAGAUGAAGAGAGUGAAGUGAGGAGUUUCCUUCAGUGUCUGUCCUACAUCUCACAGCUGAGUUUCUGUCCAUGGAGGUCUGAUCCCUCAAAGCGGAUCAAGUUCCUGGUGGAUCUCCUGUCUCAAGCAGCAGAGUGGGAGGAGCAGACAGGAGAGAAGACACUGAAGCUGGUAUCAUCAGUGUGUACUUACAGCACCUUUCCUUUUCCCAAUGGAGACACUUCUAAACAGAGUGAUUUCCUGCUGGAUCUGUUCUCACAUGUGAAGGACUAUGAGACUCAAACAGGCAGGAGUGUCCUUCCAGCAUUACAGCCAGUUUACCAGUCAGCUCCUGCAGUCUGGUCCAUAGACCUCUCAGAGAGAAAGGCCUCCCUCCUCCUAGAAGUGCUGAAACUCCAACCAGAGAAGAAACCAGUAGAGCUGAAGGGCUGGUCAGAUGAAGAGAGUGAAGUGAGGAGUUUCCUUCAGUGUCUGUCCUACAUCUCACAGCUGAGCUGUGAUGAUGACAGGUUCUUCCAGACUGUGUGUGAAUCCAUCCCUGUGAGGUCCAGAGAGGAGGACCAGCAGUUGGCCUCUCUCCUCCAGGCCUUGGGCUCCACCCUGUCACUGGGAGGAGAGUUACCCAGGAAAACCUGCAGGUCUGUGGGGAGAGUCCUGGGUCUCUGUGCCUCCAGAGUGGACCUCACUCUCACCCCCAGCAAGAUCUCUCUCAAAGGAGCCACACUUCUUUUGAGACAUGAGUCAAAGCUCCACAAACUCGGGCUGAGUGUGGGUAUGGCAGUGAAACUGUCCAGACUGGUUAGGAGGACAGGGAGAGGUUCUACUCCACUGACUGUCCCAGAACUCUCCCUGGUCCUAAAGAGCAGCCAGACACCAGAGAGAGUGUUAUCCAGGGCUCUGAGUAGUGUGGCUUCCCUGCUGAGACUCUGGAGGGUUCAGUGUCUGGACCUGACUGACCUCUGGAUCCAGGGUCACUCUCUCAUCACACUGCUGUGUCACCAGGGACCUCUCUCUCUCAGACUGAACUCAGACACUCUGCAGCAGCUGACUGUAGUUGUGUAUGAAGCUCAGGACAAGGACUUGACUCAGUGGUUCCUGGAGAAGGUUGGUGGAGACCUGACCUCCUGCAGGCUGGACUGGGAAGUGCUUCUCUCUCUGCUGCAGCAUUCAACCCACAACAUCACUGUGGACCUCAGGAAGAACAGGCUUCUAGAGAAGAACAUCUCAGAUCUUCUCCCCUUUCUGGGAAGGGUUACUCUCAAGAGGUCCAGUUCCAGCUUUGUAAAGUCCUCCAUCAGACACAUCUAUGACAGUAGAGACAGUGACUGUGUGUCCAGUUUGUUGAGAUCUUCAGACCAUUGGAUCAACCUGAACAGCAGAGAGCUGGACAGAGUGGACUGUACUGCUCUGUGUUUUACCCUGCAGCACAGCCACCAAGUCAAAGUCAACCUGCUGUGGACCUCCAUACCACCGGGGGAGAUAGAGAGCAUCCUGCCUCUUCUGGACAGAGUCUCCCAACUCAGUGUUGACAGGAGGUUACUGUUGAGUUUCCUCCAGUGCUGUGCUGCCUCUCAGAUCCAGCAGGGGGCACCACCACCACCAACAGCAGUAUGGCUGCUCAGGUCUCUGCACUACAGGCUGGACUUCUCCUGCUCCUCCUCUGUGGACCUGUCAGCUCAGGACCCAGGAGAGGCUCUGUGUCUGACCACUGACCACUGCAGGGCCAUCAACUCUGUUCUGAAGCAGAACCAACACAGCACCCAGCUGGUCCAGAACCAGGUCCAGCUCAUCCUAAGAGACUGUGAGGUGGAGGACAGAGCACUGAGGGAGCUGCUUCCCAUCCUGCAUAUCGUCAAGCUGAGUUCCAGCAAAGCUCUGCUACUUCAGCUGCUGGACCUUGUGUGUGAGGGUAUUGAAGAGGGGCUGCUGAGGCACACAGAGUCCCUGUGCAGAGCCCUGGAUGGGGAGCUGGACCUCAGUGAGACCAGGCUGGAUCAGAAGGCCUGUGGAUCUCUGGCCCUGGUUCUGGAACACUCAGAGGGUCUGUCAGAACUGGACCUCAGCCACUGUCAACUCACAGACCACCACCUACAGCCCCUGAUCACACACCUGCAUAAAGUACAAGUCCUGGACCUGAGCCACAACAAUGACAUCACUGAUGCUCUGACUGACAGUAUACUCCAACUGGUUUCUACCAACACUUCAAUACACACCGUACGACUCUUCAACAACAGAAUCCAGGACAGAAGACCCUUCUUGACAGACAAGAGGUUUGACAUCUGGUGAAACAACAUCAGGUCUUAGUCCAGGAAGAGAAGGCUGAAUCCAGGACAGAAGACCCUUCCUGACAGACAAGAGGUUUGAGAUCUGGUGAAACAACAUCAGGUCUUAGUCCAGGAAGAGAAGGCUGAAUCCAGGACAGAAGACCCUUCCUGACAGACAAGAGGUUUAACAUCUGGUGAAACAACAUUAGGUCUUAGUCCAGGAAGAGAAGGCUGAAUCCAGGACAGAAGAUCCUUCCUGACAGACAAGAGGUUUGACAUCUGGUGAAACAACAUCAGGUCUUAGUCCAGGAAGAGAAGGCUGAAUCCAGGACAGAAGACCCUUCCUGACAGACAAGAGGUUUGACAUCUGGUGAAACAACAUCAGGUCUUAGUCCAGGAAGAGAAGGCUGAAUCCAGAACAGAAGACCCUUCCUGACAGACAAGAGGUUUGACAUCUGGUGAAACAACAUCAGGUCUUAGUCCAGGAAGAGAAGGCUGAAUCCAGGACAGAAGACCCUUCCUGACAGACAAGAGGUUUGAAAUCUGGUGAAACAACAUCAGGUCUUAGUCCAGGAAGAGAAGGCUGAAUCCAGGACAUAAACUGAUGGAACAUUUUAAUACAAAAGACACAAAAAAGACUGGUAAUCUGAUUAAUCCAAUCAUGUUUAAUCUGCUGUGUUAUCAACAGAACCGGGUUGUUACAGCUGGAACAGUCCGAUCAUGUUUAAUCUGCUGUGUUAUCAACAGAACCGGUUGUUACAGCUGGAACAGUCCGAUCAUGUUUAAUCUGCUGUGUUAUCAACAGAACCGGUUGUUACAGCUGGAACAGUCCGAUCAUGUUUAAUCUGCUGUGUUAUCAACAGAACCGGUUGUUACAGCUGGAACAGUCCGAUCAUGUUUAAUCUGCUGUGUUAUCAACAGAACCGGGUUGUUACACCUGGAACAGUCCGAUCAUGUUUAAUCUGCUGUGUUAUCAACAGAACCGGUUGUUACAGCUGGAACAGUCCGAUCAUGUUUAAUCUGCUGUGUUAUCAACAGAACCGGUUGUUACAGCUGGAACAGUCCAAUCAUGUUUAAUCUGCUGUGUUAUCAACAGAACCGGUUGUUACAGCUGGAACAGUCCAAUCAUGUUUAAUCUGCUGUGUAUCAACAGACUCAUUAAAGAGGUUCUCUGCUA